AUGGUUUCUGAAACAAAUUUGCAAGUGGUUCAGGAAAAAAGCUAUGCAUACAAACAUACAACUUACAGCGACAAAGGAGAGAAGCCUGAAAGGGGCCGAUUCCUCCACUUCCACUCUGUGACCUUCUGGGUUGGAAAUGCCAAGCAGGCUGCGUCGUAUUACUGCAGUAAGCUGGGCUUUGAGCCCCUAGCCUACAAGGGCCUGGAGACCGGUUCCCGGGAAGUGGUGAGCCAUGUGGUCAAGCAAGGGCAGAUUGUGUUCGUCUUCUCCUCUGCCCUCAACCCCUGGAACAAAGAGAUGGGCGAUCACCUGGUGAAACAUGGCGAUGGAGUGAAGGACGUUGCGUUCGAGGUGGAGGAUUGUGACUACAUUGUGCAGAAGGCCCGGGAACGAGGCGCCAAGAUCGUGCGGGAGCCCUGGGUAGAGCAAGAUAAGCUUGGGAAGGUGAAGUUUGCUGUGCUACAGACGUAUGGCGACACGACACACACCCUGGUGGAGAAGAUGAACUAUACUGGCCGGUUCCUGCCUGGAUUCGAGGCCCCAGCAUUCAUGGACCCCCAACUUUCCAAGCUGCCCAACUGCAGUCUUGAGAUAAUCGAUCACAUUGUGGGAAACCAGCCUGAUCAAGAGAUGGUGUCUGCCUCUGAAUGGUACCUGAAGAACUUGCAGUUCCACCGUUUCUGGUCUGUGGAUGACACGCAGGUGCACACGGAGUACAGCUCUCUGCGGUCCAUCGUAGUGGCCAAUUAUGAGGAAUCCAUCAAGAUGCCCAUUAAUGAGCCAGCACCGGGCAAGAAGAAGUCCCAGAUCCAGGAAUAUGUGGACUAUAAUGGGGGCCCUGGGGUCCAGCACAUUGCUCUCAAGACCAAAGACAUCAUCACAGCGAUUCGCCACUUGAGAGAGAGAGGCGUGGAGUUUUUGGCCGUUCCAUCUACAUACUACAAACAACUGCGGGAGAAGCUCAAGUCGGCCAAGAUCCGGGUGAAGGAGAAUAUUGAUAUCCUGGAGGAGCUGAAGAUCCUGGUGGACUACGACGAGAAAGGCUACCUCCUGCAGAUUUUCACCAAACCCAUGCAGGACCGGCCCACGCUCUUCCUGGAAGUCAUUCAGCGCCACAAUCACCAGGGUUUUGGAGCCGGCAACUUCAACUCACUGUUCAAGGCCUUCGAGGAGGAGCAGGACCUGCGAGGCAACCUCACCGACACGGAGCCCAACGGGGUUGUGUCCGGCAUGUAG